GCUAUGUUGUUAGCCCCAAUAGAGUAUCUACUGACCCCCGAAAGGACGUCAAGUAUCAAUGGUCAUCCAAACAGGAAACCACCUUUCAGGCCUUAAAAGAAAAACUCACCACGGCCCCCGUCGUUGCCUACCCUAAUUUUUCACAAGA